UCAAAUUCUCACUUCUCGCAUGUGCCUGCAAACGAUAACCACUACACGGUGCGUAAUCCUGACAAUGACAAUCGACUUGACUUUCUUGUUGCCUCAGGCUGUCCUGCUCAACUAGAGACAAUCAGCUGCGCUAUUGCUAUCUGGUUUUCUGGUCAGAAUCUGCUGAUGCCCGUACUCGGGUGGUUUGUGGACCGGGUUGGCCUUCGCUGGACUCGGAUGGUAGGUGGUCUCUUCUCAGCUGCCGGUCUCCUCCUCUUCGGGCUUGCCACCCCUACCUAUCCCAAUUCUACUUUCCCUGGGCUCGCUUGGCUGCUCUUCCCAGCUGGCAUUUUUGUGGCUCUCGGUGGACUGACCUUUUUCACCUGCGACAUGCACAUCAUCCUACUCUUUCCACGCUGGCGUAGCUUCAUGCUUGGCCUUCUUUCGGGUUGUGCAGAUGCCUCAGCCAUCUUUUUUAGCCUCCUAAAAAUACUGGCCAUCGCUGCAGCCUGCUCCCAUUUGAUGCUGCUGGGUGGGAUGGCUUGGAUUUCUAUCCUAUUAGCUGGUGGUAUGGCGAGCUUCGUGCUCCCCAGAAGUCCAAUGGAGCUAGUUAGUGAAGCUGACAGCGAAGAGCAGAACUCUAAAAUCGCGAGGGAACGAAGAAUGGACAAGCAUAACGUGAACGAUGCGGCCAUGGAGAUGCAGGAAAAUGAAUCCCUUGGAAGACGAUGCAUUGCCAGAAUCGAAGAACAUCUUACUCAAGGGGUCACGGUAGGCAACUAG